AUGUACCAAGCUCACCUCCCUGGUGCAGGCAUCUUCCAGUGCUCCAUCACAGGCCUUGGCUUUAAGGUGAAGUCGGCAGCGACCAUCACCUACAGAUAUGCCACCUGGAGCAGGCACCUCAGCAAGGCUGAUGAGGAAAUGUGGAUGCCUGCUGGACCCCUCUUCCACAUCAGGAGGGUGACAGAACAACUAAACAGAACCUUGUCGCCUUUGCUGUCUCUUGCAGAAGAUGUAAACACCAGCCUAUGCUCCAUUGCCCAUUUUAAAUCUGAGAAGAUAAUCCUGGAGAAACCAACCAGGCUGGUUGCAUUCUUUGCUGUCCUGGAGAAUCCCAGCUUCUCACUGCUUGGGGCACACUUGCCCUUUUAUUACAAGAGUCCAAAGGAACAGCAGCUCUUCGUCGAGAUUUACAUCAAGAACAUGGCAGAGGAAAUUGGGCUCCUUAUGACAAACACACGUGAUAAUACCGAGGUCUGGAGGGCAUCGCUGAGAUCAGGUGAUAUUAAUCCUCCUGCCUUUGUCUCCAUGACCAUGUCAGGUGCAGCAUUCCUGAAGAAGCACAAGACCAAACUUUGCUCCAGGAUGAGGCAGUUCUCCACCAUUCUGCUGCACUUACGGGAUGCAAAUGUCAUCAAUAGUGAUGAAGAAGAGGAGGUGCAAGGUCAAAAUAAGAGUCUAAAAAGGAACCUAAUUUUGCUGGAUCUAAUUGAGAAGAAAAGUCUGGAGGCCCAGGAACAGCUCUACCAGAUCCUCCAGAUGAAAGACCCAUAUCUCAUUGCAGAUCUGGAGAAGUCCGGCUAG